CUGCGUGACGUCAGCAGCGGAAACAUCGGGCUCGUCUGUUCAAAAUGGCAGCGUCUCAAUCAGGAAGUGAAGAAAACAACUAAGAAGAAUAAGUUGAUUAAAACAGCAUUUUCCCGGCCAAUUCGACGCCAGCUGUUAUUACAAAUUACAGCGCUGCUUGGAUGUUGGAUUUAUAACCAUACGAACACACGGUCAUGAAGAUUAUUGGCCGUUAGACAUACUUGCUCAGACGCAGAGCGUGUGUGUGUGUGUGUGUGUACGUACGUACGUGUGUGUGUGUGUGUGUGUGUGUGUGUGUUAGCCGGGCAGCAAGGAUUUAGUCAGCUGGUGGUCAUGUGCGGAGCUGCGGUCUGAUGCCCACCCUCUCCUCAGCGUUGGCCAUGGACGGGGACAAUUACCUGCAUCCAGAGGGCCCGCAGCUGGACGGCAGCCUCUUCCCAGCGGCCUCCCCCAACAACAUGGAGAGCUCUCUGUACGGCUCCGCCGGCCCCUGGCGCUUCUCCUCCCAGCAGGCGGACUACAGCGCGCACAGCCCUAUGCAGUCUGGAAACCAGCAGUACCACCUGAACAACAGCAGCAGCAGCACCACCCCCACCCCGGACGUCAACAUGGACAUAUACCCCGGCUUCCCGCUGGACUUCAGCGGCAUCAACCUCCCGCGGAACGGAGACUUCUCCCAGGACCUGUCCUGCAUCGAUGAUCUCUCCACCAACUCCCUGUUCUCGUCCCCGGCCGACUCCCUGUCCGAGUACACUGACACGGCAGGCCCUUCAUCAGGCAAGGACAGCCUGGCCUCUGGUGCCCACAUCUGUGUGGACGUCAACACAUACCCUGCCAGCCCCCGCAGCUAG